UUUCUCUCGUUAUACAUGGACACAAAAUAUAUAUCCGCAUAUACAAUGAAGUUGACGCAAAUAUUAUACAAGCAACACAUAGGUAGACAGAUUACUAAAUUGUGGUACGUACGACGUGAACGUAAGGUAUACAGUGACAAAAUCGAAAACUAUUUGUUUAACACACAUGGAAUUCAGGCGAAGGAUGCUUUAGAUGUGAUCACUCCAAAACGAACUUAUCGAAAGUUGAAAAUAGAACAACUCAAACCAAAAAUAUCUUUUGCCAACAAACAUCCUGAUUGGAAAGCUCAGGCUUGUUUAGUAUUUAAGGAUCAUAAUGUCCUGCAAGAAGGUUUUCGCCAAGCACAGAUACUAACUAAUACUGUGUGUCUGCCAGAUAGCUCUUCAAAUUAUAUACAAGAUCUGCUUCCAGAUCUACCAGAAAAUGUAGAUGAGAUAGUAGAAAGAAUAAUUUAUACUUCAAAUAUAUAUGAUGCUCAUCAAGAAAAGCUACCAAAAAGGAAGGAUCCUGAAAGACCUGCAUGGGUGUUCCCCAGAAGUUUUGGCCUAACCAACUGCAGAAAAAUGCGAAAUUUGUCCAGAAAGAUCUUACAACUCUGUGAAUCUUUAUCAGGGCCAGAUAGCAAAAAGCGAUGCAUAUUGUACGAUGGGAUUACUGUAUUAAAUUUAGAAAAGGAAUCUGAUCUCAUCCAGUUCACCUUAAGAGCAGAUGUGAUGGUCAUGUCAGCAAAUCCUCUAAAACCAGUAGAAAAUUCUAAUUGUAAUCUGGAAAUAAAUCUUCCAGAUAUCUAUCCGAUGCAUCAUACUAUUAGUUUGGAUCAGACAAAUUUCUACAAAACUGAAGACAUAUAUCCUGUCAACGUAACAACGCCUUGGAAAAACAUUCAUACAAUUUUUGUGCAUUAUGACCCAGACGAAGUCAGAAAUUUGACGGAAUUGGCUGUGGUAGAAAAUCAGAUUUUCGGUCGCACCUUGAUAAAAUCAUAUACCAUGGCAGCAUUUUGUGCACGACAAAAAUUCGGUUCAUCCGUGAAGAAAUUGCCAGAACCCGUGACCUUGCAGUGCAUUCAGUCAGAUGGGAAGAACUAUCACUUUUUCAUAUUUCAACUCAAUUCAUUAGACGCCAACGAUGCCAGUGUAAAAAAUUUCUGGUGCGCUCUACCACCUUUGACGCUUUACGAAAAAGCUGAAUAUGAUGAUGCCAGACCUGUAGUUGAAGGUUACAAUCCGGAAGUGUUUAGAAGGAUAUUAGCAUUUUAUAGGAAUGGUAAUUAAAUAAAAUUUGUUGAAUGAA